AUGAAACGGUUCUUACUCAGUCGAAGACAGAGACACCUUCGUAUGAUUUGCUUUCACAAUAUAAGUCUCUUUAGAGCUAAUGGUGACUCCAAAUUGAUCAAGGAAUAUGGUGAUGGAUUUAUACCAUGUUUCUUUAUCUUGGAAUCCAUAAGAGGGGAGCUGCUUUAUGUGAGCGAGGUACAAUCAGGUUCUUUGCGUAAACUCUCUUUUCAGGAAUUACCAAAACUAACUGGUGCAUCUACUAUGAUUGUCCUAAAAUUGGUAGGACUAGUUCCGAGUGAUAUUUUGUGUACCAUAAGUUCAGAUAAAAAUGGUAUCAUUGACGAUAAAUGGUGCGUUUUAUGUACCUACACGAUAGAUCUUAACAAGUUACAACCCAUAAAUGAAGACACAGUUCUAAUUACAGGCACCAACGCACCAGUACUUGAUUUAAUAGAUGGAUCCUACACAUUGGCUGCAGAAAAAAUUAAGCCACUAAAGGGCCUUGUUAGUUCUCACAAAAGGAAUAUAAGUCAAGUCAAGAUCAAAUUUUCAUUGGCAUAUAGCUCUUUACUAAAAUUAAACAAACUAUUGGAGUAUUCUUCCCAAGUCCAUGAGGAAAUCAAUGAAAUUUCCAGCAAAAUAGAAGAUGACUUUUUGUCACUCAAGAAUCAAAAUCAUUGGUAUAUGAGAACAGUACAGAAGUCCAUAGAAACGCUAGAAAAGGAAGUCCUACAAAGGAAAAAAAGCAAGAAAAAUAUAGAAAUGGCGCAACUCGAGAGUAAUGAUACUAUCAACCAUUCUAAAACAGAACUGUCUCUGAUGUCGCAGGACGAGUCUAUAAAUGAUGACUAUGGAAGCAUAUAUUCUAGAUUUGUGCAAAUAAAAGAUAGGUUGGACCAACUGAGGUUUAAGAAACUGUAUCAGCUGAUAGGGAUCUUCCAUUCAACGGAUUUAUUUAAUUCAGAUAGAGGCUAUAUUUACUUUGAAAAACCUUCUAGCGUAAAUGAUGUUAUUAAUAGGCUCAAGCUAAAACCUUUGAAUAUAGAGAUAUUACUUAGACAAGCCGGCGAAUCCACAAAGCACAGAGAAUAUGUAAACAGCCAGUUGGGUUAUUACCUUUUAUUUCUCCAUUUGACAGCCAUCCAAAUUUUCAAGGCUCCUUUACCCUAUAGACUAAUGUAUUAUGGUAGUACAUCAGUGAUCGACAGUCAAUAUCCGUUGUAUUUCACUGAUCAAAUGAUUUCUAAGCAUCAAGCAAAGCUGAUUAAAGCCAUACAUUAUUUUAAUGCUGAUAUAUUGCAAUUUAAACAGAUUCUGGAGAAUUACCGUCCAACAUAG